AUGUUGGAGAGGGAAAGUGGGUUGCUAGGGCUUGUUGUACUUAACCCCUCCAGCCUCCAACCGCUCAAGCCCAUCCCACCAGCAAGAUUCCCUUUUACCCCCCUAAUCAACAAGCCCUUGUGGUGCAAUAAACCUACCAGCUUCAUCUUCAUUCAUCUUCCCGCUCGUUGCAUAUCUUCCUCAUCUACCUCACCUAGAUCACCUCGUAUCUUUUAG